AUGAGACCACUUUUGAGAAAACUGCUCGGCAAGAGGUCAGGAAGGCCACGCUCAGAGGUCGCCGCAAGUGUCUUUAGUAUCUUCGAACUAUGCGAAGCCAUUCUCAGCUACUUGACACGGACUGAUCUGCUUCACGCCCGACAGAUCUGCAGGACCAUCGUUCAUACAAUUGGAUCAUCGCCAAGCCUAAAGAAGACGCUGUUCUGCGCUGCCCAGGACACCACUACAACGCAGACCUGGACCCUCAACAGAUUGACCAAGACCGUCAAUGUUGGCGGGCCAACCAAAAUGCCGCCAGGCUUUGAUCGUCUCCGGAUGCAGACUACCGUCGAAGCCUACGCAUACAACUCGAUCCUGCUCCAUCGCGAGAAGCAUUGGUUUCCAUACGAUUUGUUCUGGCGUUGUGAGCAGCAUGAUGAUCUGCAUCUCAAGCACCCGAAGCUGUUGCAGCUAUUGCAGCCCGACUCGAUGUUUCGACAGAUGUACUUCACCCAGCCACCAAUCAAGUACGUCAAGCUGGAGGUCUCAUGUGAUCAGGAUGGCCCAUGCAGCUGGCGAUGGCCACGGCAUGACCGUCAAACGCUUCUCACGACAGUUGUGUACAAUGAGGCCGGAGUCACUGUCGGGGAGCUCAUUGACGAGCUGGACAGGCUGGAAGAGAGGGGAUCUCGUGUCGAACAACUUUCUUUUCCUGAAGGCGGCGCCUACGUGAGCCCGGCAGAGAUGGACCUUGUGAAGAGCCUAAGCACAGUGUCUUGUGUUCCGCCAGAAUUCAAAAGGUUCCCAAAAAACAAGCUUGCAAUUGGGCUUAUGGAAAAAGAUCGGAUCAAGCCUGCUCGCAAAUGGUGGCAGAGAUGGAUCUUUGCUACGCAACCGUGA